CUUUCACGAUUUAACAGCUAUAAAUCGUAGGAUUGGCUUCAAUCAAACAGUGAGAUAAUUACAAGAGACUUCGCUGAUACUUAUAGAUUCAUUUAGUGUUUUGAAAACAAAAAAAUAUCUGGGUUUAUAUCCUCUGAUUACAGAGAUGGAUGGUCCAGAGGUCCAAGAUGAUCACAGAGUAGAGAUGUCCAAUAUAAUAAAAGCAGGUGAUGGUGAUGCUGAUGGUGAUGCUGGCGAUGAACAUGAUGAACAUAAUGAAGGGCCAAAGAAAUUGUUUGUUCCGGAAAGAACAAUUUCACAGUCCUAUUUGUUUAGUCUUCCUAAGGCCAAGGUUGUUGGAAAGUUGGGAACUUUGUGGCUCGCGUAUGAAACACUUGGAAUCAUAUAUGGAGAUGUUGGAACAUCUCCCCUUUACACCUUUGCUUCCAUUGAUAUUCCAAAUCCAGGGGAAGUGUAUAUACUGGGAUAUCUUAGCAUCAUAUAUUGGUCACUAACACUCAUAGGCCUCAUCAAGUAUGUCUUAAUUGUUAUCAGAGCAGAUGACCACGGUGAAGGUGGCACAUUUGCUCUGUAUUCACUGUUAUGUCAACAUCUGAAUGUGGGUCAGCAUGCUGGCAAUCGAUUCCAUCGUUUGGCAUCAGAUUCAAACUUGAAAUACUUCGGCAAACAAAAUAGUUUGAGGAAUAUCAACUACAAGAUAAAGGAAAUGCUUGAAAAGAGUGAAAUGGCACAGAGAAUCCUGCUUAUUGUUGUGAUGUUCGGCACCUGCAUGGUGAUUGGUGAUGGAGCACUCACUCCUGCAAUUUCAGUGCUGUCAGCUGUCCAAGGAAUUCAAGCACAGAACUCUAGCCUAUCCGAUGGUGCCGUUGUUGGUGUGUCAGCUGCCAUUCUUAUGCUACUCUUUCUUCUUCAAAGAUUUGGUACUGGAAAAGUUAGUUUUCUUUUCUCCCCUAUAACAAUUGUCUGGUUAGUCAGCAAUGCCAUUAUUGGAGUAUACAAUAUUGUUAAAUAUUAUCCGGCAGUAUUCAAGGCAGUCAGCCCUUAUUACAUAGUCCAUUUCUUUGAAAAAAAUGGCAAGCAUGGAUGGGUGUUGCUUGGAGGCACUGUCUUAGCAAUAACAGGUUCUGAGGCUAUGUUUGCUGACCUGGGCCACUUCAAUAGGCCUUCUAUCCAGGUUGCUUUCUCUACUCUUGUCUAUCCUGCUCUGAUGCUGACAUACUCAGGGCAAGCAGCUUAUUUGAUCAAGAAUCCAGAGGACAUAAGUCGUACAUUCUACAAAUCAAUACCAAAACCUGUGUAUUGGCCAAUGUUUGUUAUUGCUACUUCAGCAGCCAUAGUUGCUAGUCAAGCAUUAAUUUCAGCAACCUUCUCAAUUAUAAAACAAUCCAUGGCUCUAAGUUGCUUCCCUCGGGUGAAGAUUGUUCAAACCUCACAAACAAAAGAGGGUCGGAUCUAUUCCCCAGAGAUAAACUACAUACUGAUGUUUCUCUGCCUUGCAGUUCUUUUGGGUUUCCGAGCUGGUUCUUCUAUUGGCAACGCCUAUGGUGUUGCUGUGAUUACUGUGAUGCUCAUUACAACAUGUUUAGUGACCUUAGUCAUGCUAGUAGUCUGGAACUUGCAUAUAUUGCUCGUACUACCCUACUUCAUGGUUUUUAGUGCAAUAGAAGGUGUUUAUCUUUCAGCUGUACUGAAUAAAGUGCCCAAGGGUGGUUGGGCACCCAUUGUAAUAUCAGGAUUCUUCCUGACCAUAAUGUUCUCUUGGAACUAUGGAAGGAGCAAGAAGUAUAAAUAUGCAAUGGAGAAGAAAUUAGAUCCACAAGAUCUGCAUGGAUUGGUUACCAAUGUGGGGUGCAGAGUCCCAGGAAUUUGUUUCAUGUGUACUGAUCUUUUCUAUGGUUUGCCACCAAUUUUCAAGCACUAUGUGGAUACAGUGGGUUCUCUUCACGAAGUUGUCAUUUUUCUUACCAUAAGAAUGAUUCCAAUCAAGAGUGUGCUGUUAGAGGAGAGGUUCCUGGUUGGAAGACUUGGACCAAAGGGUGUAUACAGAUGCUUGGUUCAAUAUGGCUACUUGGAUGUCCCAAGCUUGGAAGGGCCAGAAUUUUUGAAUCAGGUUAUUGAUAACAUAAAAGACUAUAUCAAAACCAGAGAAGACCAGUAUACCUUUGUGAAUCAGGGUAUAAAUAGUUCAGGUGUUAUUCAAAAGGAACCCAGAAAUUCAUUGAUAGAAAAUAACUACUGUACAUAUGAGGAAGUGCAGAAACUAGAACAAGCAAAGAGUGUAAGAACUGUGUUUGUUACAGGAAAAACCAUAUUGAAAACAAAUAAGAAGACAGGUGCCUUUGAAAGAUUCGUGAUUGAUAAGCUCUAUACUUUGCUACACAACAAUUGCAGGUCAGCUAUGUCCUCCUUACAUGUACCACCUGCCCAGCUCCUACAAAUUGGAAUGUUGUAUGAAAUCUAAUGGUUAGAUCUAAAAUAACCGGGGGGGCCCGUAGUGACUAGUGCUCUAUGCUCUAGAAACAAGUUCU